AGUGGUGGGAGAGGAGCGUAAUGGCAGCGGGAAACGACACGUGCUCGUCGUGAGGGGGUACGAGGGGAAAAUUAGGAUUAGAAAUCGAAGAUUCCCGGACAAAUAAAAUAAGCGUGCGAAUACGAGAGAGAGAUAGAAGAGGAACAAGUACGAUAAAAAUUCAAAGUUGAAAGUUGGUUUUCCAAGGGAAAUGACGUCUGGUAAAUGCGAAGGCUUCCGGUGAGAACCGGGCUGCAUUUGUCCAAAAAGCAAAGACACGUCUCGGUGGGCGAGAAAUAAAUCGGCCCGAUCGAGUCGAGGCGCAAGGCACCGCGGCAAGGCAAGGCACCAAUAGGCUUGCGCGGGCUUCGCUCUUGGGCGCCGCGCCGCCGACGACGACGACGACGACGCCGCCGCCGCCGCCGCCGCCUCGCCGCGCCGAUUCCCGCGCGACUCACGUCGGCUCGCCGAACUGCACGGCGGCGGCCGAACGUGUUAAAUGGCUGUGCGUCGGCCAUGAUGGCUUUGAGCAGGGACCGUGUCACGCAAACAUGUUUUCGAAGUGAUAUAUCUCGUUUGGUGACUGAGUGACCGUGUUCGAGCGCGAUGGCCGGGGAACGAUGAGGCCCUGAGCGCUCUCCGUGCCGGGUAAUUCGGCCCCCAGGGGCCUCCCCCAGCCAGGCCUGAAUAGGCCAAGAGGUUCCACGGCGUUCCGCGCGAGUCGUCCCCCCUCAGCCGACCCGACUGGCCUCACCACGGUUCGCGACCAGCCAUCCUUGGUUGUCAACACGCGCGAGAGCGCCAGCCGCCCUCAGCGAUGAGCAAGCUGUCGUUCAGGGCGCGCGCCCUGGACGCCUCCAAGCCCAUGCCGAUCUACAUGGCCGAGGAGCUGCCGGAUCUGCCAGAUUAUUCGGCCAUUAACCGCGCGGUGCCCCAAAUGCCCAGCGGCAUGGAAAAGGAGGAGGAAUGCGAACAUCAUCUUCAAAGAGCAAUAUGCACAGGUCUAAUUAUUCCUACUCCUGAAGUAACCGAUCUGGCAGAUGUGGAAGCUUAUGACAAGAUAUAUCCUGCUGAUUAUAAGCUGCCUCGCCAAUUAAUACACAUGCAACCCUUUGCAAUGGAACAAGAUAUACCUGAUUAUGAUAUGGAUUCGGAAGAUGAAAAAUGGGUUGCGGUACAAAGUCGCAAGAUGGAUUUGACUCCUCUCCAAUUUGAAGAGAUGAUGGAUCGUUUGGAAAAGAGUUCAGGACAAACUGUAGUUACCCUCAGUGAAGCCAAGGCACUUUUAAAAGAGGAUGAUGAUUUAAUUAUCGCGGUUUUCGAUUAUUGGCUCAAUAAACGUCUUAAAACUCAACAUCCACUGUUAUUAACAGUUAAAACGGAGAAUCGAUUCGGUUCGGCUGCCAACAAUCCAUAUCUCGCGUUUAGACGACGUACGGAAAAAAUGCAAACUCGCAAGAAUCGGAAGAACGAUGAGACAAGCUAUGAGAAAAUGUUAAAACUCCGUAGGGAUCUUAGUAGGGCCGUCACGCUUUUGGAGAUGGUGAAACGCAGAGAAAAGACGAAACGAGAACAUUUGCAUCUUACAAUUGAGAUUUACGAGAAACGGUAUCAAGCACAAGAUUUCAAUGGACAAAUAUUAGCAGAAGUGUCCGCAUUAAAGGCACCGAGACCAGCGUUUGCUCCACUCUUUACUAAUCAGUUUGGUGUUCAUCAAAAUUGGACAAACAAAGUCUGUAGUAAAGACGAGGCAGUACCCAGGAAAGAAAAGCGGCAAUAUAAGAAACGGAAACAUAAAACAGACAAUAGGACAGGAAAUUUGGAGGAAACCAGUGUUCGUAGCGGUACGGGUAGCGGUGGCGGUCGAGGAAAUCGUCCAGUUCUCGGAGGCGGGCUGGACCCGCUCAUCAGCUCGGAUGAAGAUAGUCCGCUUCCAUCUCAUUCACACUCCCAACCCUCGUUAUCCUCCGACCGCGACGACGAAGACACCGUAGAUGAAGGUCAAUUCACGUUUCGUCGAAAUAGGAAUUGCACUUAUUUACCGCCUGUAUCAGGUGGUUUUGGAAAUUGGCCUUGGUGUGAUAAAAGCGAAGGCGGUUUGGCUGAUAAAAAGUACAGGUUUGCACUGACCAGCAUUAGCAAACCAGUGCCAAGGUGUAUCGGCCUUGCACGACGGAGGAUUGGUCGAGGUGGCAGAGUAAUACUAGACCGUUGUACUGUCGAUAUGGACGACAUGUGGUCUUCUUUAGACUUUACGAUACACGAUUCCAAGCGCGAGCUAGUGGAUUCAAACGCGACUGCCACAGCGACGACUACCGUUAAAAAAGAGUGGUUACAUUUUCGACCAAAGACUCCGCCUGUGUCGGUGCAUAGUCCAAACGAGGAAAGUAGCGACGACACGGAUUCGGAUGUAGAGCCAAUGGUGUCUCGAUCCAAGCUUCCAUACCCGUUCCCGCCCGAGGCGACGUCCAUAUGCAUCGAGGUGGAGCCGGAGCGCGCAGGUGACGAGUCACCGUUCACAUCAGAAUUUAACAUCGCAGAUUACUUCCCGACUGAUGCCGUGUCGGACUUUGAAUUCGCGGUAGCGAACCUCAAUAAUACGGGUAGCACCAGCGGUCUGUCGGACAAUAGUGGCAUGAAAGACUCGCGGACAGACGACGAGCUGGGCAGCUCGCACUUUGUGGUGACACCGCUCACGAGUAAUCUGUUUGCGCCGCCCGCGACGACGACGACGACGACGACGACGCAGCAGCAGCAGCAGCAGCAGGCUCGGCCUCCUCAGUGCAGUGGUGGCAGUUUCAGUGGUGGUUCUAGUGUUGUAAAUACUUGUACGAGUUCUUCUUCGUCGAUUCCUCCGUUGUCCUCCGUUAUUGUCACGUGUACGACUAAUCAAGCCGCUGUAACAUCGAGUACAGUGUCCACGCAGUGCACCAAUGUUGGCAUAGGUGCUACAAUCGACACACAGUCGAAUCAUCAUCAGCCCAACAAGCAACAACACAGACAAUUGCCCAACAACAGCAAUGCUGCCUCCAUUCUAUCGAAAUCCUUGACUAGUCCAACAAAUAAUAGGAAUGGCAGCAAUUGCGGCGUUGGCAGUGGUAGUGGUAAUAAUAGUGGUGGUGGUGGUGGUGGUGGUGGUAGUGGCGGUGGUAGUGCGAACAUUAGAGUGUUCAGUGCGAGCACUACAUGCAGUGGCGGCGGCAGUAGUAGUGGUAAUGGUAAUGGUGGUAGUGUCACAAACUUUGGCAAUAGCCACCAGAACGGUCCACUGCCGCAUAUAAACAACUCAAACAACCUGACAAACAGCACCCACGUCGUGAAUAAUCAACAGUCCACGUUAGUUCUGCCACAGAAGCAUCCGCCGUCCAAUUUGCUACCUGGCCUGAUAGCGCAAAGUAAAUUGGCCAGUCUCGCGAGGCAGCAGCAGCAGCAACAGACGCAGAAUCAGGCGCAACAGGUCCCAACGUCCGGGGAAAUUACGCUUAAUAGUAAUAGUGAAAGUUUGGAUAUGGAGGUGGAUGGAGUGGACAAUUCGCCGUGCGACAGCAAGCCGCAGCAGCAGCAGCUCGUACGGGCGAACAAAACAAAUUCACUGGCGAUGGAAGUGACAUGAUGCCUGCUAUCGGCACCCCUGUUGCCGCCAAUACGUCACUGGGGGCUUCGUUAAAUUCUCUUACCUUGCCUAUGUCUGCCUCGGGCGAGAGAUGGAACGUGUACUGAUGGUAUACUGCGUUACGUGUUGAUGCGAAAGAGCGAUACGGCUAGGUACAAUUGCAAAACUGCUCCUUCGAUCAGUUGCUUUAUUGUGCGGCGAUGCAAAUCAACGGUAGCGUGGAUUCUGAUGCAAGUAUCAAGUUUCUUUUACUUCUGUCUUCAUUGAGAGAGGGACUGUAAUCGAUCCGUACUCUUCAAAUUUUCUUUUUCCUUGCUCAUUGAACGAUAUGAUAUCGCCAUUAACGAUUGCUAAAGAUGACCAUGAUAGCCAUGUAAAAAAAAUGUUGCCAUUGUUCCUGUAGAUACAAGAUUCCGAAGUUGAUGUAUCCAAUUGCCCAAAAUUAGCACUUGAUAUUUUUAGUAAUAGUGCUCGUUUUCUUUGUAUCGUAUAAAAAAAUAGAGGGCAAUAUAUAUAUGUAGUCAGUGGAUAAAUUGCAUUCCUGGCUCACGAAGGAUACAUAUUAAUUGUAGCAAAGUUUUAAAAUUAUGUAUAUAAUUAAGUUUCUCUUCAAAAUAUAACGUGCAAUAUACUGUUUUGUUUUUAGUCUGCAAUAGUCUCAUUCGUUCAAUGCAAGGAAAACUAAUCAGAAAUAUGAAAUGCUAUUAUAUGUCUAGAUUAUUGAAAUCUCUUAUUUAUCAUCUUUAAUGACACAAAAUAAUUGGGUGGGUGCAUACAGCAAGCUUUCUCAGACACAGCAUUAAUUAUUGGAUUAUCGAAAUUCCGUAAAAAAAACUCUUUUAACUCUACAUCUAUUGUAACAUCCGUCAUUCAAGAUAUACGCUCAAGAAUAUAGAGGCUUUGCGUUUUAUCAUUUAUAUUGAUCAAUAAUUAUUUUAAUUUUAUUUUGUUUUAUUAUGAUAAUUGAUCAAUAAUUAUUUUAAUUUCCCUAAAAAAUCGGGUAAAAAAGUAUUUAGAAAUGAUUUACGCCAUAAAUUUCUUUAAAACAAUAUAUAAAAAAUAAAUUCAAUAAGCGCUACGUUAACAAUGGCGGGGAUUAUUAUAGUAAUCUGCUCUUGUAAGUACAAUAGUAUGCUCGAAUUACUUCUCAUCGCUUUCCAGAUAAAUGACAUUAUACAGAAAACGAAAAAUAGAUUAAUUAAUUUCUUACAAAAGUGUACGAUUUUUCUCAAUACUGUAUAUAUAUAGAUUUGGUUCGAAUAUUAUAUGACUUUAUAUAGAGUAAUGCUAUUUCCUUAUAUAUACAUAUAUAUAAAUAUAUACAUAUAUGAUACUAUGUUAAAGGCUUCCAGGCUGUGAAAUAUCGAAGCUAUUGUUAUCAAUGAAUCUUUGAUAGCAUUAAGUCAUUAUAAUCGUAAAAGGACUUUCUUUUUUUCUCUUUCUCCAGUAAUCGCCAAAACGUACAUUUUGAUACGUGCAUAUCCGUCGCCUACAUAUUAUAUAUGCGACUGAUAUGCGAUUAUAGGGUGUAAUUUUAUAAUGUUGCGUUUGGAAAAGCUUGUAUCACAGGAUUUGUGUGCGGAGAGAUCAUUAGAAUACUGUAUUAGAAUCUACAAAGCUCACAUUGGGGCAAUGUAUAAGAACACUUACGUCUUUCACAUUAGUGACUGAAACUCUACCACUAUCGAUAUUAGAGAUAUUGAAAUACUGAAGUACUUCAAGCAAAAGUCCUUGACAAAGUAAAUAUAUAAACGAUUAAAUUUCAUUGCCUUUAAAGAUAGAUUUCUUAAUGUAACUUCAUAUAUAUCUGUUCUACACGCGAUUCAAUUAAUUCCGGAUUUCUUUUUUAAUUUCUCGAAUGUGUGUGAAUUUAAAGGAAAUGAGAACGAAGCUAAAGCUUUAUUAUGAUAUUCUGCACCAUCUCAUUCUACUACAUUUUUAUCUGCCGUCUCACAGACUCGAUAACAUUUUACUGUUAGAUAAAUGUAAACUGCUCGAAAGCUGUUCGAUAUUCGUUCUUAUUUAUAGAAUAGAAUUACUUACUAGAACUCGGAUGUGAAAUAUCGAAAUUCAAGUUCGUGUAAGUCUUGUUGUGCACGUUACGUACAGACUUGGAAAAUUCGAGCAUAUACGAAUAAAAUUCAGACGUGCCAUCAUUAAAUCUCUAUUCGGACAAACAUUUCAACAGUUAUCCUGCCUGAAAAGGCAACGUCAAAUUAUAUGAGUGACAUUCGUUCUUUCAUCGGCAUGCAUAUUAUUGGUUGCAAAGUAAAAAAAUGGUAGAAUUUAUUGAUACAACUGAACAAAUUAUCUUGGAUAUACUUAAAAGCAAAUAUUUGCAAUUAAUUCGAUCAAAACAUAUUGUCGUUUCACAUUUAAUCACACGUCGUUCUUUCAGAUUAAAAAAAAUAUAUAUAUAAAACGCUUUCGCGAAGAUAAACCUCAAUUCAUUAUCUUGGAAAAAGACCAAUAAUCAAUAUGUUAUAGUGUCUCUUGGAUUUUCACGUGUAAUAUACGCUCUCUUCCUCCCUUUAAUCUUUCUAUAUGCCGUCAUCUCCCCUUCUGCUACUUCAUCAUAAUACAAAAAUUGUAAGAAAAUGCGUAAAAAAAAGAAACAUAGAAACGAGAGAAUAUCUUUACCGAUCAAAUUGACAAUAUAUUGACUGUACAUUUUUCUUUGAAUGUGCGUUACAUUCUAAAAUCUUUUUGAAUUUAUAUUUUUUUCAAAAUCGAAAGAUCGGAAAGUGAUUUUUAUUUCGUCGAGAUACUUUUAUUCCAUAUUCUUCUUUAACACAUUGAUAGUUGUACUUUUUUUGUUACUGUAAGCAGAAUAGCUGCGUACAGAAAUUCGAGAUUGCGCAGAGAGAGAGAAAGAGAGCUCUUAAUUGUUAUUUGUUAAACGUUAAAACAGGCACUGAUCAUUGAGUAAUUACCGAUAUAAAAUGGAAUUUCUGAUUUAUUCGUGAAUGUUUAUUUCAAAGAACUUGUCGCAUUUAGCGAGUAAUGAAAUAGAUUUUUGUGUCGCCAGCCGUAACGCGAGAAACGGGGGGAUGGGGGAUAUAAAAAUGAUAUGAUGCGAAUGUGUUACAAAUUGUGUAAAAAAAAGAGGGAAAAGAGGAAAAAGAAGAAGGCAGACUUCUCGAAAUCGUAAUAAAAUAAAACAAAAAAAGGAUAUAUUGUACAUAUAAAAAUAAUUACGCUUAUUGUAUCUCUUAUUUUUAGGUAAUUAACUAAAUAAUUGUAAUAAAAAAAAUGUUGUUGUGGUAGGCGCACAGCGAAACGUGUACGAAAAUUUAUGAAUUCAAGACGAUUUUAGAAGAGAGGAAUAAUAAAGAAAUUUUAUCCUGGAUAGGACUUAUUAUUUUGUUAAGAUCUUCACACACACAUACACACAUAUUUUCGCCUGUAUAUUAUCUAACAUUUUUGUGAAAUCCGUUUUUUCUGACACAUAUAUUUGUACAUACUCUUUAGAUAUAUUUCAUUAUUUCUCUCGUUUUUCUCAGAUUCACUGUUGCGCGCGAAGCCGUAUCCUCCAUUCUCUCCACUUUGUUCGCUCGUAUUCGUAUAGCGUUUAGCUUUUAUAAACGUUAUUUGCUCGUCAUAAACCGCAUAUACGUAUACACAUACAAACACACAUACACACACACACACACAUACAUGCACAGAGUAUAUACUGCGUAUAUAUGCUGCUAUCGAGAUUUUUAGCGAAGCCUUAAAAAAAAAAAGAAAAAGCGAUAACUCUUCCGCCAAAUGAUUUUGAGAA